CCGACACCGACCACCUUUCGUUUCGUUCAUGUUCGAGUCAGCUCCACACGGGAAGGCAUUCUCGAAACGCCAAAUAUCAACGGGCGACUACAACAACAAAUGCAAUCUCCCGCGACAAUUUGUUUGUGAAAAGAAAUACUGUCUGGAAGUGUUGUGUACUAAUCUCCGAAAUGUUUUACUCUUCCUUAGUGAUGGCAGACGAAUGGGACGAAGAUUACUCGUACGGGUCAAAUGGGAAGUCUUUUGGUCGCGGAAACUACGUUCCAAACAGCACAACGGAGACUCAACAAAACGAUGGUUGGGAAGAGGAAACGAACCAAGAAGAAUCAGCUCCACAGGACAACGGGAGCCCAGACAAUGGCAACCGCUGGAAUCCAGGUGGCGGAAGUGGAGGUUACAGAUCUGAAGGAGGAAGCGGCGGUAACAGAUACGAGGGCGGUCGUGGGGGCCGUGGUCGAGGUGGAAGAGGAGGCCGUGGAGGGAAUAGAGGAGGUGGUUUCCGAAGAGAUGACAACCGGGAGGGAUACCAGCGGGACGGAUACCAACGGGACGGACCUAGAAAUGGGUACGGCGGUGAUAAUAAUAAAUUCGAUGAUAGCGACAACGAUCAUAGAGGGUCUCGAGGAGGAUUCCGCGGUGGUCGGGGCGGACGCGGCGGAGAAAGAGGCUCUGGCCGCGGUCGUGGCGGUGGCCGAGAUGGAGAGAAUGGCUUCGGAGGUGAUCGUCGUUACGAUCGUAAUGGUGGCAGUGGGGACGGUGGAGAUAAUGAUAAAAUGACAAAAGAUAAACCCCGUGAAUUUUAUAUUCCACCUGAUCCAACAGAAGAUGAAAAUGAAAUUUUCAAUACGGGCAUUAGUAGCGGCAUUAAUUUUGAUAAAUAUGAUAAGAUUCCAGUGAAUGUGUCAGCUGGCGCUCCACCAGCUAUUUCAUCGUUCGAAGAGUCAGGAUUAAGAAAAUUUGUCUUAGACAACGUGAGAAAGUCAGGUUACAUUCGACCAACACCAAUUCAAAAGAAUGCAAUUCCUAUUAUAAUGCAAAAGAUGGAUUUAAUGGCUUGUGCUCAGACUGGUUCAGGCAAGACGGCUGCAUUUCUUUUGCCAAUAAUUCAUACGCUUUUAGAAGAAAACAAGGACUUAGUUAUAGGAAAACCUCAGUGUUUUAUUAUUUCACCAACGAGAGAAUUAGCAAUUCAGAUAUUUAACGAAGCCAGGAAAUUUGCCUUAGGUUCUUACUUAAAGAUUCAAGUAGUGUACGGUGGAACGGCGGUAAAACAUCAAGGGAACAAUAUUGCUAGAGGCAGUCAUAUUAUUGUAUGUACACCAGGAAGAUUACUAGACUUUGUUGAAAAGGAAAUGUUAAGUUUUGAGGAUGUUCGUUUCAUGGUAUUGGAUGAAGCAGAUCGAAUGUUGGAUAUGGGUUUCAUGCCGGCUGUAGAAAAGGUUAUGAACCACCCAACAAUGGCAUCGGUGAUUCAACGGCAGACUCUCAUGUUUUCGGCUACUUUCCCAGAGGACAUUCAACGAUUGGCAGGACAAUUUUUAAAUAAUUAUGCUUUCUUAGCCAUAGGUGUAGUUGGUGGUGCUUGUACUGAUGUCGAGCAAACGUUCCAUAAAGUUACCAGAUUUGAGAAAAGGACAAAGCUUACGCAAAUUCUCGAGGAUUGUGUCGGAGAGGGUGGUGUCAUGGUUUUCGUCGAGACGAAACGAAAUGCCGAUUAUCUUGCAUCUUUAUUGUCGGAAACAAAGUUUCCAACAACUUCAAUUCAUGGUGAUCGUUUACAAAGAGAACGUGAAGAAGCAUUGGCUGAUUUUAAGAGUGGUAAAAUGGUGAUAUUAAUAGCAACUUCAGUGGCAGCAAGAGGUUUAGAUAUCAAACAAGUAGCACAUGUGAUCAACUACGAUCUUCCAAAAAGCAUUGACGAAUAUGUACAUCGAAUUGGACGUACGGGACGUGUUGGAAAUUGUGGUAAAGCUACAAGCUUCUAUGAUCCGGAUCAGGAUGCAGCGAUCGCGGGUGAUUUGGUAAAAAUUUUAAAACAGGCCAAUCAACCCGUGCCCGACUUCUUCUUGUCAGUGAGUGGAAGCGGUGGUGGAGGAGGCGGAGGAUUCCGCAGUAAAUUCGGUGGCCGAGAUGUACGACGUUCAAAGAAUGUCGAGACAAAUGAAAACUCAGGGUACGCCGCUGUGACUUCUGAACCAACGGCACAAGAACCAGAAGAAGAGUGGUAGACACGUAGACCUAGAUUUACUAAACAUAAAAAAAUUAGCCUUUGUCUAUGUUACAAAUGUAGAUUAGUCUCUGCAUUUCACUUAGACGAUAAGGAAGACAAUGUGGUAAAUUCUGAAACUUAUCACAUACCAUUUGGAUUACUCAAAACUAAAGAAUGGCUUCAAGUCAUAUUUUUAUCCGUUAUCCUUUUUUACUAUGAAGAAACUAUUGCAAGUUUUCUACUUUGCCAGUUACUUUUUUUUUGUAUAUUUCGCUGUUAAACUUGCUAAAAUAUUACGUUUGAUAUAGAGCUAUUUGCAACAAUUGGAAAUUGAAUUUAGGACUAAGACUGUGUUGUCGACCGUGCAAAGAGCAUGACAUUGUAAAUCAUCAAGUUUCAAGGCGAUCCUAGUAGAAUCUCAGCUGCAGUUAUUGUUUGAGGAUAGGUUUACCACCUCAUGCUUUUUGAAUGUUCGACAGAAAUUGAAGUUUGGAUAAGAUAUUGGACCUGAAUAUUUUUAUUUGGAAUGAAUUUUACCAAUAUAUGAAGAGUAAAUAAAACCAGGUACAAAGUUGAUA